AUGAACAUUCUGGCUAGCAGUGGCCCCAGAGCCCCGCCGCCUCGAGGGGGCCGCGACGCUGUCAGGGGCAGGGGCUGGCACCGAACGCCUGCCUCGUUCGAACGCAGGAGCGGUCUCACCGCAGCAGGAGGAGCCAGCGGUCGGGAGCUGCUCCCCAAGCUCAGAUGUCUCGUCCCUUCCCAGCAGGUGCGGGAGGAGCUGGAGGCCCAGCUAAGCCGCUUUCGGGAGCUGCUAGGCAGGGCGCCCACUCACGUGGACGGGCACCAGCACGUGCACGUGCUCCCAGGCGUCUGCCAGGUGUUCGCAGAGGCGCUGCAGGCCUACGGGGUGCGCUUCACGCGCCUUCCCUGUUCCCCCGGCCCAGCUCCUGGGGCUUGUGUGUCAGUUUCUGCCCCUGCCCUGCUCCCAGCCAGCCCUGCACGUCGCCCAGCCCCGCCGCUGAUGCCCCUGUCCCAUAGGUGGACAGAGGCCUUCGUGGGCAUGAGCACUUGCGGCCGCCACAUGUCUGCUCACCGCGUGAUGGGGGCGCUGGCGCGGGCCCUGGAGGGUAUCCCAGCCGGCCACACCCUGACAGCUGAGUUGAUGACGCACCCGGGCUACCCCAGCGUGCCCCCAAUUGGGGGCUGCGGGGAGGGCCCCGACGCUUUCUCCUGCUCCUGGGAGCGGCUGCAUGAGCUGCGUGUCCUCACUGCACCCACGCUGCGCGCCCGGCUUGCCCAGGACGGGGUGCAGCUCUGCGCCCUCCAUGACCUGGACUCCAAGAGGCCUGGGGAGAGCUUCCCCUACGAGGCCGCUCUGGAACCCUCCAUGGAGCCGCCCCCUCCCUGACUCCUACAGCCAGCCAAGUGCCCAGGAAGGGGGCCAGGAUUAAACCCUGGCCAGGCUGAAACCAGGCCUUGAAGCAGGGCUGACUUCUGGGAUGGGGUGCUGCCAGCUCUGUGCGCAGGUCUUUGUGGCCAGAGUGGCCGCUGCAGCGUGGGCAGCUCCACUUCGCUGCAGGUGGCCCAGUUUGUGUCAUCUGGGUCCUGGACUUCAGAGUAUCUGGUGCCCCAUUAUGGGCAGUGGGGAGAGAUCACUAUAUUAAUAAAAUGUCUUUCUUUUCCA